CCUUCCUCCCUCCAGUGGAUGUGAUUUUUUUAUUUGUUCCCCCCCCUUAAACCCCCCCCCCACCGAGAUACACACACACACUGAGGGUGUGCGGCGGGGACGCGGGCUCCGGCCAGCGGGACCAGCAGGUUUUCUACAUGGAAUAUUGAGUGUGAUGCAAGCUUAAAUUAACCUUUGUACUGGCAAAGAGAUGGUGUUUGAGCCAACCAACACUGAGGCUGUUGUUGAGUAGGGCCACAUAAACAGGGACAAGGUUCGAGGCUUAGACCAUUGACAUGGAUUUUAAUUUUCCAAAUCCAAUGCAACCUGCAUGACAUCAUUAGGGUUUGUGCUGGAAUGAAGUUACUGAUCCUGUAAGUCGCACUGACCCAUAAUUUGGGGACGGCCGGACAGAGUCAUCAUGGAUGAUGGGAAUACUCGGACUCAGAUGGUCACCGCCGAGACACUGGUGGGACUUCUGGAAAAUGGCAUUGACAAAGUGUUGGUCAUUGACAGCCGUUCCUUUGUGGAGUACAAUGCCUCCCAUCUCUUGGACGCUGUGAAUAUCAAUUGCUCAAAGCUGAUGAAAAGGAGACUACAACAAGACAAAGUGCAAAUCGUGGAACUCAUUCAGCAUUCUGCAAAACAAAAGAUUGAGGUUGAUGUCACACAGCAGGUGGUGGUUUACGACCAAUGCACACAGGAUGUCAGUCGCCUGGCCACAGACAGCUUCACUUCUGUUCUUCUCAGCAAACUGGAGAAGAAGUUCAACAAUGUAUCCCUCCUCGCAGGUGGAUUUGCCAGGUUUUCUUCCACCUUCAGCAGCCUGUGUGAAGGGAAAUCCUCUCUGGUGCCUGCGAGCAUUUCCCAGCCUUGUCUCCCCGUGACCAACACGGGGCCAACUCGCAUUCUUCCCCACCUUUACCUUGGCUGCCAACGAGAUGUGUUGAACAAGGAGCUUAUGCAGCAGAUUGAUGUUGCCUACGUACUCAAUGCCAGUAACACAUGUCCCAAACCCGACUUCAUUCCAGAGACUCACUUUCUACGUGUUCCGGUGAACGACAGCUUUUCUGAGAAGAUCUUGCCUUGGCUGAACAAGUCUGUUGAAUUCAUAGAGAAGGCAAAGGCUUCGAAUGGCUGUGUGUUGGUGCACUGCUUGGCUGGGAUUUCCCGCUCUGCAACUAUUGCCAUUGCUUAUAUAAUGAAGAGGAUGGACAUGUCCUUGGAUGAAGCUUAUCGGUUCGUGAAGGAGAAGAGGCCGACCAUUUCUCCCAACUUUAAUUUCCUCGGCCAACUGCUGGACUUUGAGAAAGGGUUGAAGACUCACCCUGGUCAAACGGGAAUGCUCAGCAAGUUGAAACUGCUGCAGUUGGAUCGAGCUGGGGACCAGAGACUAGCUCAGGGCGGUGGGCCGUUUGACAGCGUAGGAGAGAAGCAACCGUCGACUACCUCAGCUGCUGUGGAUCAGGACCCGACUACACCGCUCUCCAUGCUCAUGGAAUCCACUGCUUCCAGUGUGGGAGAAGAAUGUGUCUUGGCUCAAGAAAUCAACGGCCUUAGCCUAUCCGUGGACAGACUAGAGGACAACAACCGGUUGAAGCGCUCAUUUUCAUUGGACAUCAGGUCGGUAUCGUACCCUGUGAGCAGUGGAGGGGCGAGCUCUGCACCAAUUGCUGCGUGUUCUGUGGAAAGCUGCGGUCCUGGGCAUGAGUUAACUGCAGGGGAAUCGAGCCGGUUCUGUUUCUACGCCUCUGCUCAGCCAGAGUUGGAUCUCCUCCCGCAACUCAGCGCGCCCGCUGCCAUGGAAGUAAAGACACAGCCGACACAAACCAUCUGGGAGCAAGGAGCAGCCAAAAGCUCAGCUAAACCACCUCCACAAACCACCGUGCCCAGGACACUGCUCUCCCCACUGCAAAGAAGUGGAAGCAUGGAGGACAACUAUAAAACAAACUUCCUGCUGGAUCUUUCUGGCAGCCAGCAGCGACUAGCAACGUCUGCAGCGGGAAUGGGGCUGAAAGGCUGGCACUCGGACAUUAUCUCGCCUCAGACAUCCACUGCUUCAUUGGCCAACACCUGGUACUUUGCAACGGAGGCGCUGACUGGCCAGGCUCCCCGCUUCUUGUCCGGCUCCACGCUGUUUGGUGGCACAGCUGCUGCUGCCGCCUACUCUGCCUUUGGCUGCGGCCAGUUACCGCCCGGCUGUGAGGGGCCGGGGUCGGGGUCGGGGUCUGUGCGGCGGAGGGAGAAACACUGUGACCGGCGGGACUCCAGGAGGAGCUGGCACGAGGAAAGUCCGUAUGAGAAACAGUACAAGCGGCGCAGCUGCCAGAUGGAGUUUGAGGAAGGCAUGAACGAUAGCAGGUCACGGGAGGAUCUGCGAAAGGUCGGCAGUCAGUCCAGCUUCACCGGGAGCCUGGAGAUCAUUGAAGUUUCCUGAGGAAAUGUUAAAUACGCAAACUGUGAAUGAUUCCCGUAUACAGUUCCCCCCAAAACAGAAUGAGAACUUCAACCAGGGACAGCUGGAUCCGAAGUAUUGCGACGAAUGCUUUCGUUGUUCAACACACAUUUCUCAUCGCAUUGGUGCAGAAUGAGCAUCCUCUCCUUGCACACUCAAGAGAAAUCCCAGCUACCAUUAGAUGAGUGUCCAACAAUGCACUUUCCCUCCGAAGACUGAGCCAAGUUCUGUGGAGAUUUUUGUUUUAAAUUCCAGAGAAAUUUCUGGAUUUCUGUGUGUAUGGCCAUGGUUUCCAGCGCAAAUCUCUUAGCAUCUGUACAUAAGUGGUGUGACUAUCUUGAUUUGAAUUUACAGAUAGGUAAGGUGCCAACGCUGCUUAGAGUAAAUACCUCAAAUUUCAAUCUUAUACUGUAAGUAGGUAUUCAGCAAAUCAGAUCUCAGGUCAGUCUUGAUACAGAAGAGAUUUACAGAUUUUGGCUAGGUUUGAAUUUAAUGUGGACUGCUAAAUUAGCACUGAGGAAAUGUCUGUACAGUUAAUUUUGAUUAUACAAAUGAAGAUGGUAUCAAAAUCAAGUAGAGAUGUAAAUGAAAGAGAUGUGAAUUCUAUGCAGAGUGCAUGAGUGGCAGAUGGAAGGAUGCCUGGAGGUGUCCUUUUGUGGAAAAGUGCUGGCAACUUGUUCAGGAUGGUACAAAUUGUCUGUCUGCAUUUGUUCAAAAUGUGUCAAGUAUGAGAGAGAGCUAUCUGUGGUUAACAUGAUGUUCAACUGGGUGAAAUGAAAUAAAAUCUGAAAUGGUACCUGUUA